AUGGGUCACAGCAGUGCCAGUGCUUCCAUCCAACUUGUCUCACUAAUUAUACUGUCAGGAAUUUUAUCCCUUGAAACCAUUAAAUUCGGUUUCUGCAGUGAUGAUCAUAAUGUGAGAUGCAUAGAUAUAGAGAGGAAAGCCCUUCUCAAGCUCAAACAAGGCCUCACAGAUCCUUUCGACCGGCUUUCGUCUUGGGUGGGAGAAGAUUGCUGCAAAUGGAGUGGUGUAGGCUGCAACAACAUAACUGGACGUGUCAACAUGCUUGAUCUUCGCAAUCGCUAUUCAUAUGGGUUAGAUGGUUACGGAUCAAUAAAGCAUGCAUUUGGUGGUGAGAUCAAUCCUUCUUUGCUUGUUUUGAAAGAUUUGGAUUACUUGGAUUUGAGCAUGAAUUACUUUGAAGGUGUCCAACUUCCAAGUUUCAUUGGAUCACUAGAGAAACUGAAAUACCUCAAUCUCUCUCGUGCAUAUUUUGUUGGAGUCAUUCCCCCCACUCUUGGAAACCUCUCAAGGUUGCUUUAUCUUGAUCUUAGUAAUUUCCUUUUUCCUAACCCAAUUGAGACUGACCUUCAGUGGCUUGCAACUCUUUCUUCCUUAAAGUACCUUAACUUGGAAGGAGUGGACCUUACCAAGGCUACACCCUAUUGGCUUCCCACUGUUAAUAUGCUCCCUUCACUUGUUGAAUUGCAUUUGCCCCUUUGUGGACUUUCCAUCCUUCCUCUCACUCUUCCUUCUAUCAAUUUCACAUCCCUUUUGGUUCUUGAUCUCUCUGACAACGAUUUCAAAUCCACAAUACCUCCUUGGCUGUUCAAUCACACUGAACUACAGAUGUUGGAUUUGGCAUAUAACAGUCUGACAGGAAAACUGCCUGAUUCUUUGGGAUAUCUUAAAAGCUUGAGAUACCUCAUAUUGACGGCUAACUCAUUGAGUGGGAUCAUCCCAGAAUGUCUUGGGGAGCUCUCAUCCUUGGUUUCGCUAGAUAUCUCUUACAACACAUGGGAAGGUGCCAUUACAGAAGCUCAUUUCUCGAAACUUGGAGGCCUGAGAGAAGUAUCAAUUGCAAAUGAUCCCCCAAACAUUUCCUUGGUUUUCAACAUAAGUUCUGAUUGGAUACCUCCUUUCAAAUUAAGAUACUUGGACAUAAGAUCAUGCCAACUGGGUCCCAAAUUUCCUACAUGGCUAAGAAAUCAAACUGAGUUGACCACGGUGGUACUCAAUAAUGCUAGGAUUUCAGACACCAUACCAGAUUGGUUUUGUCAGUUGGAUUUGCAAUUUGAUAUUCUAAAUGUCGCUCAUAAUCAACUAAGCGGCAGGGUGCCCAAUUCAUUAAGAUUCAGCUAUGAUUCCAGUGUUGAUUUUACUUCAAACCGCUUUGAAGGUCCACUCCCACUCUGGUCCUCAAACAUUACAUGGCUGUAUCUUAGAGAUAAUCUAUUUUCCGGGCCAAUUCCUCAUAACAUUGGUCAAGUGAUGCCCAAUUUGACACGUCUAGACAUUUCUAGGAACUCUUUGAGUGGAAGCAUUCCCCUAUCCAUUGGUAAUUUAAGCCAAUUACAUUUCAUGUUGAUGUCAAAUAACCUCUUGUUUGGUGAGAUUCCUCAUUUUUGGAACAAUAUACCAUCGUUGUAUAUUGUAGACAUGUCAAACAACAGUCUCUCUGGUACAAUCCCAAGAUCCUUAGGCUCUUUUACUUCACUCAGAGUCUUGUUCCUCUCCAGCAACAACUUUUCAGGUGAAGUUCCGUCCUUGAAAAACUGCACUAACCUAAAGAUUCUUGAUCUUGGUGAUAACAAGUUUUUUGGACCGAUUCCAGCUUUCAUUGGUGAAAGCAUGCUCUCUUUAAAGAUUUUAAGCUUGAGGUCCAACUCAUUUAUUGGAAGCAUCCCUUUACAAUUAUGUGGCCUUUCCACUCUCCAUAUAUUGGACUUCUCACACAACAAUCUUUCCGGAAAUAUUCCCCAUUGCAUAGGUAAUUUGAAUGGCUUUAAAUUUGAGGUCAAAGACAUGGAUACAGAAUCCUACGGUUAUUUGGGAAGAUUGGAGGUGGUGUCAAAAGGAAGAGUGCUUGUAUAUGACUCCAUCCUUUACCUUGUUAAUAGUGUUGAUCUCUCGGACAAUAACCUGUCAGGAGAGAUGCCUGUGGGGAUAACAAGCCUAAUAAAGUUGGGCACCUUAAAUUUGUCCAUGAAUCAUUUGACAGGAAAUAUCCCAGCAGAUAUCGGAAACUUGGGGUGGAUAGAAAGUCUUGAUCUAUCAAUGAACAAACUUUCAGGUUCAAUUCCACAGAGCAUGGUUUCUUUAACAUUUUUGAAUCAUCUGAACCUGUCAUACAAUAACUUGUCCGGGAAAAUUCCAACGGGUAACCAGUUUAAGACCUUUGUUGACCCGUCAAUUUAUGAGGGCAAUGCAGGUCUUAGCGGGUGUCCAUUACCAACUGGUUGCCAAGACAAUGAAGGAGCACCUCAAGUUCCAAGUGGAGAUGGAGGAGAGGAUGAUGACAGUAAACUUGAAAAGCUACAAUUCAUCAUCAGCAUGGUAAUAGGUUUCUGUGCAGGGUUCUGGGGAGUUUUUGGGACUUUGGCCAUGAAGAGGUCUUGGAGACAUGCCUAUUUUCACUUCCUUGACAAAGUGAAAGAUGCUGUCUUUGAUUUUGUCUCAGCCAUUGGUACUUAUCUGCAGAAAAGAUCGUAG